AUUUCAGAAGAACGAAUCAGCUGGGAGCCCCGCUUUUCAGAAUGGAAGAUGAGCAGAUGGCAGACAUGAGAAAAAAAAUAUGUAUUUAAAGAGGACCACAGAUACUUCACCUACCCCACGUGAGGUCAACAAGGAUUCUCUGGAGAAAACCCUUCCACAGCUGAAAUGCCAUUUCACCUGGAACUUACUUAAGAAAGACAGUGUCUCAGGUGAUCUAGAAGAUACAGUGUGUCACCAGAUUGAAUUCUUAAACACGGAGUCCAAAGCUACAAUGUACAAUUUCUUGGCCUACGUAAACCACCUGAAUGGCCACAGCGAGGCAGCGCUGGAGCACCUGCGCCAGGCGGAGGAGCUGAUCCAGCGGGAGCACCCGGAUCAAGCGGAAACCCGAAGUCUGGUCACCUGGGGUAACUACGCCUGGGUCUACUAUCACCUGGGCAGACAUGCAGACGCUCAGAUGUACGUCGACAAGGUGAGACAAACCUGCGAGAAGUUUUCAAACCCAUACAGUAUCGAGUGUCCCGAGCUUGACUGCGAAGAAGGGUGGACACGGCUGAAGUGUGGGGCAAAGCACAAUGAAAGGGCCAAGGUGUGUUUUGAGAAAGCUCUGGAGGAGAAGCCCAACAACCCAGAAUUCUCUUCUGGGCUGGCCAUUGCGACAUACUGUCUGGAUAAUAAACCACAGAAGCCACUCUCCAUGGAUGCUCUGAAGCAGGCCCUUGAGCUGAAUCCCGACAAUCAAUACGUCAAAGUGCUCUUGGCCCUGAAAUUGCAGACGAUGAAUGAAGAAGCUGACGGGGAGCAGUUGGUUCUGGAAGCCCUGGAGAACACGCCUUGCCAACCAGAUGUCCUUCACAAUGCAGCCACAUUUUAUCAAAAAAAAGGUGAUCUAGACAAAGCUAUUGAACUGUUUCUAAGGGCAUCGAAAUCCAUUCCAAACAAUGGUUACCUCUAUCACCAGAUUGCGUGCUGCUAUAGGGCCAAAAUCAAACAAAUUCAGGAUACGGCAGAAUCUGAAGCUAGCAGGAAUGGAGAGAAGAUUGGAGAACUAAAGCAGUGUGCUGUUGACUAUGUGAUUAAAGCUAUGGAGAAGGGAGUAGAUCCGCUGUAUGCAUAUUCUGAUGAGCUCCUGGAAACAGAAGACUAUUAUCAGAUAGCUUGCAGUAAGGAGCUCCCCGGCACUCAGAGGCAACAACCCCACCAGCACUAUCACGACUUUCAGGGGCGUCACGGGAAGUCUAAAGACACUGCUACCCAAUGUAAUUUGGAGGGUUUGCCCACAAGCACAAAAGCAACGGAGGAAGGAAAGACGGAAUACCCACCACAGAACACCGCUGGAAAUCAGCUUCCACAAAAUGCACCAAAUUCUUGGUAUCUCCAAGGAUUAAUCCACAAGCUGAAUGGAGAGCUGCUGCAGGCAGCCGAAUGUUACGAGAAGGAGCUGGGCUACCUCCUAAGGAACAGCCCCACAGGCAUAGGCAGCCUUCUCCUGCCACUGGCUGAGCUUGAAGAAGGCAGUGAGGCAGUGGGCCGGGGCCCGCACAACCCCACUCCCAGAGUUCCCGGAACCCUGAGCUGAAACACAGAGGAGGGAUGGGAGCACAGUCAGGAAACCCGCGACACCCCGGGACUGCUUUAAGGUACAUUUUUGUAGAGUUGCUUCCUCGUAUCUGUCUCCCCUUUCCAUCCCAGCUGCGCACACCCCUCUAGCCUGUGGGCCUUACAACAAAAUUACCCGUGGACACAGGGCUUCGGGCCUGCGUGACGCUGACUCAUUCUUAGUUUGCCCUCCAUUCAUCAGAUCUCCCCCAUCUCUGUCCUUACUGAGGCUCUUAGCUGGCCACCGCCUGCCAACAGCUCACCCAGACUCUGCCCCUUUGCUAUCUAGCCUUCUGGAGCCCCUGAAAGACCACCUUUGAACUAACCCUGGAAUAUUCCUUAUGUCUUCCUCUUGGCUUCAGCCAUGUGUUUAUAUACAUUCUCGAUUGCGACACUCCAGUAAAUAUGUGUUCUGGAUAGUGAUGCUACAAUAAAUUUUAAAAUUGCGACUCAGGAUUGAAGAAAGUGUGUGGUUUGCAUGUGUGACUAAGGGUAAUACUCAUUCCCCAAGUUUCUCUCCAGGACACUGUCUAGGAACAGUGGGUAAUGAUACAGCCGUACCGUACUAUUCUCGAUGUGCCCAUGGUAGCUCCAAGGUGGAACCGGCCUGCCCUUGACUUCUGUUCCAGGCCAGGGCCUCGGCUGAGCCCAGGGCCCAGUCAGCAGCUGCUGCUACUGAGCAGAGUGGCUGUGCACCCAGAAAUACCUGGGCAGUGGCCUCCCUGACCGUGUGUAGGGGACACCAGUACAAGGCUGGCUGGAAACAAAGGUCUUCACCCUCCUGAGCGAAUGAAAAUAUUCAAGUAUUCAUCUCCCCGCUGGGGAAACCCACAGUGCCAUCCACCAUGCAGCAAUUAUCCACCUCUCCUCGCCCCACUCCAAGGCCUGCAUUCGUAUGCUCUCCUAGUGGUAUCAUCUGAUUGUCUGUGUACAGAGGAAGACUGUUAUAUGCCAGUUCCCAGACAAGACAGAGGGCCUGGCAUUCCCAACGCCUUUGUGAGUAGAGGGUCAGAAACUUGACUCUUUCCUCAUGCAGAAGGGGAGUUCUGGGAAGGUGCUUCAUAAGCAACAUUGGCUAUAAAAGCAGCAGACUGGGCG